ACCCCCCAAAUUGUAGGCAUGGGAUAAACUAAAAAGUAACACUACUUGAAAUUUCUAAGUGGCUGGGGAAGCCCACUAGUAAUUGGGACGAAAUUUCCACCCAACACAAAGAAUAGCUUCGAAGACUUUCAAGUCAACUUCAACAAGAGAAAACUUCAUUACUUCUGAAUCUUACCCAGAAAUGGUUUUUGUUCUUUUGCCAAGCUACUUCCCUUCUUAACUUCAACACUAGAUCUUGUUUUUUUUGGUGUUUAGAGAGCCACAAGGGCGGGGGGGUGAGAAUCGAUCCCAAGACCUCCUAGAAUCGGGAGGGAAGCUCUAACCACUUGAGCUAUCCCUCACUCUCAACACUAGAUCUUUUGCUUUCUUCAUUUAGCAAAGGCUUUUGGGAAUUCUCUUCAUCAAAUUAUUUGGUUAAUCUGACUGACUUGUAGGUGCUGCAAUGGUAAGAGAGUUGUCCACAUUGUUAUUAGCAGGAACUGCUACUGGGACAAUACAGCCUGUGACUGUAUGGAACGGAAUCAAAGCUGGGAAGAAAAUAAUAGAAUUUAUUGGUGAAGUUCCGGAGUGGAUUAACUAUAAUCAGAACCUUGAAAAUCAUCUCCGACUUCUUAAGAGGAAAACGGAUUGCUUAGAGAGUAGAGAAGCUGAUGUUGUAAUAGAGCUUGAAAACACUGAGCAUCAGAGUGGCAGGAAGCGAAAAGGGGAAGUUAACCAUUGGUUGAGGAGGGUAAGGACUAAAGUUACUGAUGUAAAAAAAGUUGAAGAUGAUAUUAACACGGUGAGUUAUUUGCCAAGAUUUCUCUUUCGUGCAUGGUUAGGGAGUUGUAUAGGAAAGGAAAUCGAUCAAGUAAACGAUCUUGUACAGCAAGGUUCAUUUACUACGGGACUUCUACUUGAUGCACCCCGAGAUUGUGGAGGACCUUUAGUCACAAGUGACUUAAAGGGGGUAGUUGUGGCUCAAAAGUUGGAUGAAAUUUGGGAGCAUCUCAUCAGCCCUUUAACUGUAAGGAUUGGUGUUCAGGGACCUGCAGGAAUUGGGAAAACUGCUGUCAUGGCUCAUAUCUUUAACCGAUUAUGCUCAUCUUGUCGUGUUUUUUAUGUUAAUGUACCUCAAGACUUCAGUAUUUAUAGCCUUCAAGCUAGCAUUGCGGAAGAAUUGAAGGUUGACCACCUACCACAAACAGAAGGAAGUGAAAUCAGGAGGGCAGCUAGGCUAUGCCAAGCAUUCAAAUCAAUGAAAGAAUUUGUUCUUAUAUUAGACGGUUUACCCAAAGACUUUGCUAUCGAGGAUGUAGGCAUCCCUUUGGAAGGAAACAAAGGGAAAAUAAUUGUGACAUCUCAAUGUCUCAAUGUCUGUAAAAGAAUGUUGUGUCAAGAAACUGUUGUGUUGGAAUCCCUGUCUCAAGAGGACUCAGAGAAUUUGUUCAUGGAGAAAUUAGCAUCAGAUAUUCCUAUUUCUGAAGAUAUUAGGAAUAUUGCUCGCGAUAUAAUUCAGAAAUGUAAUGGCAUACCAUCGAAAAUUAUCGAUAUGGCUGUCCGACUAAGAGGAGCUCCUGAUGUGAAUGAAUGGCUGGACACAUCAUCUGAUAUGUGAAUUCACUCUUGCCAUAAAGAUGUAUUAGCCCUAUAAACACGCGAUGUGUUUGUCUAACAUAUGGAUAUCAACUCUAAUACAAGUGUGUCUUAUUGUACUACGUAUUAAAACUACUAAUAUUGGUUGAUUAUAGUUCAAAUAAUAACUUUUUUGACAGUAUUGUAUUUGUUAAUAUACUAUCUCCUAUGCUGCUAAUCUGCUAUACCUUCCUCUUUAAAA